GGGACAUUUAGGCGCCUUGUACGUUUUGCUGAGGGUUUGUUUGUUUUCUGUGUAGCACACUUUAAUUGUGUGUAGGAGAAGUAGUAUUUUUCAGCUGCCAUCCAAACAUCGACGACGACACUUGUAGACACAGUUAUGCGUGACUUGAAAGAAGAAGAGUUUAAAAAAGUUGUUUCUAAAAUUCAGAAUUAUAUCAAAGAUGUUGAUGAGUUACUUAACAGGAGUGAUGAUAAAUACAACUUUUACUUACACCGUGGUCGUGUAUUCUACUGUAGAACUUCACUUGCAAAACAUGCGGCAACCGUUAAGAAGAAGCAUCUUUUAAGCUUUGGGACAUGCAUAGGUCGCUUCUCAAAAACUGAAAAGUUUAAAAUACAUAUAACUGCAUUGGAUUUUUUGGCACCAUACGCUAAACAUCGUGUUUGGUUGAAAACCCCAUCUGAACAGCAAUUUCUUUACGGGCAGAAUGUUGUCCGUUCAGGACUAGCGAAAAUGUCGGAUAACACACCUCAGUAUGCUGGUGUCGUUGUGAUGAAUAUGAGUGAUAUGCCAAUAGGUUUUGGAGUUGCAGCAAAAUCUUCUUUACAAGUACAAAACACAGAUCCAAUGACAAUGGUUUUGUUCCAUCAAGGUGAUGUCGGGGAGUAUAUACGAUCGGAGGAGAAGAUUGUUUAGUGCUACUCACAGACAGCAAUCCUACUUCACACUUCCCUGUAUAAUAUAAAGACUAUGUAAAUAAAAUUGAAUUUUUUCGCAGUA